UUUUGGUCAGCACAACGACGAUAUUAACUGUUGUGCGCUGGCCCUGCUCCGUCCAUUCAUAAAUAUAAUAAAUCCUGCCCGCUAAAAGCAGUGGUCUUUGCGUAGCUUUGCAGCAAAAAGAAAAUGAUGCGCCAAGUCGUUGCCCCAGCCAGGAAUACCGCUGGCAUUGCGAACAGGACUCGCUCCGCUUCAAAUAGCGUGACCUACCAUCGGGUUGGCGCUACUGCCGUACAUUCUUCUUCCUCUUCUUUUUCUUCGCACAAGCCCAGCGUCGCGGGAGUAAGGACCGUUGUGGCCAGCAGCGCUGCUACGGCGCCCGCUGCAACGGCGACUACUACAACCACCUCGCAACCGGCACAUUUUGAUGUCGGUGACGGCAACCUUAUACCCGUACCGUCCGACGUGGCGCCGCUGUUCACGUCGUACAAACUGUCUGGCGGGCGCUUCCAACUGUCCAACCGAAUUGUGUACGCACCGUUGACGCGGUUGCGGGCCAUUGGUUCAGUUCCCCAGCCUUCAGCGGCAGUGUACUACAGUCAACGUGCCGUACCGGGAACUCUCUUGAUCUCGGAGGCGACCAUCGUCGCUCCCGAUGGCCUCGGCUAUAUGAACUCCCCCGGAGUGUAUUCCUCUGAGCAGCUGGAGGCAUGGAAGCCAGUGGUCAAGGCGGUCAAGGACAAGGGCGCGCUCUUCUUCUGCCAGCUGUGGCACUGCGGCCGGGCCUCGCACCCCGAGCUUCAGCCCGGCGGCGCCGCCCCCCUGAGCUCGUCCACACGUCCCAUCACGUCACCAGAGUACGUCGUAUACACACCCUCGGGCCCCAAGCAGUACGCCGUACCGCGGGCAGCCACGAAGGAGGACAUCAAGCGAGUGGUUGCCGAUUAUGCUCGGGCCGCCAAGAACGCGAUCGAGGUGGCGGGCUUCGAUGGCGUUGAGAUUCACGGUGCCAACGGCUACUUUAUUGAUCAGUUCAUCAAGGACUCCGUCAACGAUCGUACGGACGAGUACGGCGGUUCUAUUGAGAAACGCUGCAGACUCGCCUUGGAAGUGGUGGAGGCGGUGGUGGCAGCGGUGGGUGCAGAUCGUGUGGGUAUUCGCAUAAGCCCCUUUGCCCAGUUUUUGGAUGCUGUGGACUCGACCCCCUACGCCACCCAUACCUACCUCGUCGAGCAGCUCAACAAGUACGGCCUGUCGUACAUUCACAUGGUGGAGCCCCGAAUCCUGGGCAACACAGAGGUGGAGUCGUCUUCGGACUCCCUCGAGCCCUUCCGCCGGGUAUACAAGGGCACGUUCAUCACCGCGGGCGGCUUCAAGGCCGAUACGGGUGCUGCGGCGGUGACGAGCGGUCAGGCGGACCUUGUGGCGUACGGCAGGUGGUAUUUGGCCAACCCCGACCUGCACAAGCGUUUCCUUCUCAACGCACCGCUCAACAAGUACGACAGGAACACGUUUUAUUCUCCAGGCAUGGAGGGCUACAUCGAUUAUCCCACCCUGGAAGAGCUGCAGGGCCAAGGGGAGGACGCGAAGCAGUAGUGGUUCUAGUCUAGAGGUUUGAUUUGUAGCGGUUUGAUUCGUUCAUAAUCGCCGGGCAGCUGUAGCUGCGCUUUCUGACGAUCGCUCUUGUAUAGUGUGAUGUGCUGCUACCUUUCCGGGAUCAUUCGGUUGGGCUCCAUCCCCACCAGGGGGUUUCUGGGCUCUCGCAGGUGGCCGGCCUUGUAGAGUCUUGUCGCGAAGAGUGAUGAAUUGCAGGUGGAUUUAUGCAUUUAUUAUAUCCAAAAUUAUUUAAAAAAAUUGAUGGGACGUUCAUUAAGUUUUUCAUUUCACGUCUACAAUGCAUUACGACGCCAACCGGCAAUACACGCAGUUGCAGCCCCACCAUGCCGAGCGGCGCGCCGUACUCUGUACGAAUGGCUCGUCCAUUCACACAGUUUGCAUGUUGUGUUUGGGUUGUUUGGGUCGCAUGUGCGGGUAGCACCGGUGAUACGUCCAGACACUUCACUGUAACGCCAUUUAUUCGUUCAUUCAGUCACGCCGUACACCAUUGGGGUAACACCUUGGGCUCAGCCUCACCUUCGGGUAAUACCGUUAAAAGUUCGUUGUCAAGCGGUUUCGAAUUGACAGCGCUACUUGUUGCAUGCGACCAAAUCCAAGAAAAUUGGCAAAUGCAAUUAAAAUCUUUAUUUAUCCUUUAAUGGAAGUUGUAAUGAAAACGAUGUAUUUAACAACAGACAACAGAAGCCACGAAGAGGACGUCGCGCAGCCGGGUUAAAACCCACGUGCACACGUGCUGGUCGUCUAUCUGUCUCUGUGUAUUUGUGUAUUUAUAUGUACAUGCGCAUAUGUAUGUGUACACAAUUAACAAUUAACACAAAUAACAACAGUAACGAUGGUACAUGUACGAC